UUUGCCUUGGAAGUAACUUCAUCCCAAUCGAGCUAAAUCAGUUGUUCACCUGAGCGAGAACUUCAGUCAUAUUGAAUAUUUCGGCAAGAUAGGACCCUCCAAUUUUCAAAUUGAAAACUAAGAUUAUCUCUCGAGCACGCUUAAAACGUUAAAAAGGCAAAAACCAUGUUUCGCUUACUGAUGCUGGGGAACAAGUUGUCGGUGCAGCGGAAUUUGGUCACCCGACUGACGGCUCGUUCCAACGUGCCUGCCGGUCUGGUCUACCGCUCUGCGCAUCGCUCCCGUGUUAUCGACGGCGUCGUGGUUGUGGACGUUAAUCUGGACGAUAUGUCAAAGGGCGAUAUAGAGUUUGCUCGCAGUUUCGCCAAAUCAGUAUCGUCUUUGGAUCGCUCCCUCUUCCAGACGGCUGUGGGACCGGCGGGCAAGACCGAGAACCAAUUGCCUUCGUUGGAGGACGCUGUUCCCGCUGAUGGAUCGCUGCCGGCUGGUACUCCCAGUACCGUGAUGGGCCAGGACGGCAAACCCAUUGUCCACGUCGAGAUUGACGGCUGGAAUCAGGAUAAUGAGGAAGGGGAGGAUGCCUCCGAGCCGAAGAACAACCAGGAUGCUAACAUCAAAGGCAAUGAAAGUGCCGAUAAGUAGACGAUAACUACAAGGAGUGAAACAUGAUUUUUGUUUGAGCCCAUAAGCCGAUGUUUUGUUGUAAAAAUUGUUCGAAUCUCUUGAUCGACACGUUAGGGAAAGCAAUUUAAAAAUAUUUUAAAUAAAGUUGAUCAACGCUUGUUUAGAGGCGUGUAUUGCGAA